AGAUCUCACACAAUCUCUCUCUCUCUCUCUCCUCACAGAGCAGAUCAUCUGUUCAUCAUGAGGACGGAUUUCAUCUGCACGCUGUUAUCAGGUUUGUGCAUCUCAUCUGUGAUCUCCAAACAGUUCGUCUUUGUUCAAAAGGCGAAAACGUUCAGUGAUGCGCAGAAGUACUGCAGAAGUUUUCACGGCGAUCUGGCGAGUGUUGAAGACGAGGCGGACUUCAGUCGUCUGCAGGCUGUGCUGAGCGGGGUCUCGGACCCGAGCGUGUGGAUCGGGCUGAAGAGAGCCGAGACAGACUGGUUCUGGUCUCUGUCCAACAGCACGUUCUACGGAGAAGGAGAAGCCGCGUUCAGACGCUGGCAGCCCGGACAGCCGGACAACGAAGGAGGAAUCGAAAACUGCGGCGUCAUCGGUAACGCUGGGACGUUCUGGGAUGUUCCGUGUGGAAGUCUUUAUACGUUCAUUUGCUAUGAUGGACAGGACAACGCCCUUCAGAAGUACGUGUUUGUGAAUCAACUCAAGAACUGGAGCGAGGCGCAGACGUUCUGCCGACAGAAACACACGGAUCUGGUCAGCGUGAGGAACACGGAUGAGCAGCGGCUGGUCAAGGUGUUGGUGCCAUGGGGAACUCUGGUGUUCAUCGGCCUGUUUAAAGAUUCGUUCAGAUGGUCCGACAACAGCAGGUCCUCAUUCAGACGCUGGUCUGUUGAUGAACCUAACGUCUCUGGAGAUUGUGUUCUGCACCAGCUGUCAGAUAUAAACACAUGGGCCACUCAGAACUGCACUGAAACAAGACCGUUCAUCUGCCAAGACGAAGUGAAGUUGCAGGUCCUGAAAGUGAAGCUGAAAUCAGGUCAGAAUGUGAAUGAUCCUGUGCUGAAGGCGUCCAUCAUGAAGGAGAACCAGCAGAAACUCCUGAGUCUGGGGUUGCCUAAAGAUGCCAAACUACGGUGGAGAGCUCAGCCUGACGGAGAGAUCUUCCAGCUGCUGGAGAAUGACAAGAAUUCAUGCAAAUAACAUGCUGAAAACACACAGAUCAUUUUCCCCUAGAUCUAAAGCCUUCACAAAGAUGUAGAAUAUCACGUAAACCUCACAUAACCAGCCUGUUUUUAAAUGAUAUGAAGGUUAUUCUCUACGUUUUUUUUUUUCUUCUUUUGAAAUGACAUUAGGGCGAGUAAAUAACUCUCAUAUAUAUUCAUGCAUGCCAUGUUUUUCUCUGUUGCUACGUGUACUGCGUUGGGCUAACCGAGACUUUUGUUGGUUUUGAUUGCUUCUAUUAUCCUCAUGUAAGUCGCUCUGAAUAAAAGCGUCUGAUUAAUGACUGAAUGUAAAUGCAUAAGAGAUUAUCAUUACUGAAUGAAAUAUUUGUGUAAUUAAUGCCAUUUGAGACGUUGUUUCCAGUAUGGCAUGCUGCUUCAGAAACGUAAAUGGUGAUAACAGAAAGCCUUUUUAAUGUGUAAAAACAAACAAACAA